AUGGCAUCUAAAAGCUAUCAACCAGUGGAGAGAAGUGGACUCUUCACAGUAAAGGUAGGAGACUACUUAUACAUGUGGGGUGGGUUUCUGUCUGGAGAACUUGACGGUGAUAUGGAUAAAUCAAUGACAUCAUCAAUGGACCUGUAUCACUUACCAACUGGUUCAUGGGAGGGUAGACCAACAAAUGGCAACCCUCCACUACGUGCCAGUGGAUAUUCAUCUGCUGCUAUUGGAAACAACAUCUAUUUCUUUGGUGGUAAUAGGGCUAGUAGCUAUCGUAAUAGCUUACAUUGCUUUAAUGUGGAUUCAUUCAACUGGAGGGAGCUCUCUCCUUCUAGUUCUGAUCGUGGCCCAAUGAAGAAGACCUACUCUUGUAUGAUAUCAGCUCAUUUUGACGGUGAAAACUAUCUUACUAUAAUUGGGGGAAUUCGAUCAUCUUCUAUCAAAUUCAAUACUCCAAAGCAACCUGAUGCUCAGUAUUCAGCUGAUGGUAGAUGUAAUGAGAUACAUUAUUACAGGAUUUUAUCAGGUCAGUAA